AUGUUUUUCCGCUCCAUUUUCCGACAAACUUUCUCACACUUAUCUAGUCCUUUGAAGGCCUCACCUAGUUUACGAUAUCAAUUGAAUUACAGAGCAAUGUCUACCUCUGGUCAGAAAAUCACCGAUUGGUGUACUCCAGACUCUAAACGUGGGGAAUUCAAUCGCAAGCCCUCAACUUUCUGCGACCUGGUUUCUCGUGAGCCCAAUGCCAAAUUCCCUCCUGAGAGAGGUCGCUACCACCUCUAUGUUAGCUAUGCCUGCCCAUGGGCACACCGAACCCUCAUCACCCGCGAGCUCAAGGGCCUACAAGACAUAAUUGGUGUUAGCGUAGUGCACUGGCACUUGGGAGAGAAUGGCUGGCGUUUCGGUACCACCGAGGAGGCCGGCGAGUAUCCAGAGGUGGCUGUUGGUCCGGAAGCAAACACUGGGGCGUCAUUCCUGAGGGAUAUCUACUUCAAGGCCCAGCCAGAUUAUGAUGGUCGCUACACGGUGCCUACGUUUUGGGAUAAGAAGAAUAACACUAUCGUUUCCAACGAGAGUAGCGAGAUAAUCAGGUUUUUAUAUACGGAGUUUGAUGACCUUGUUGAUGAGAGCAAGAAGGGAAUUACGUAUUAUCCUGAGGAUCUUCGGAAGGAGAUCGAUGAGCUGAAUGAGUGGAUUUAUGCUACCGUGAAUAACGGGGUUUAUAAAGCUGGGUUUGCGACCAAACAAGAAGCCUACGAAGUCGCCGUCACAAAGCUCUUUGAAUCUCUCGACCGUAUUGAGAAGAUUCUCAAGGACUCGGAUGGGCCAUAUCUUCUUGGGAAGGUUCUCACAGAGGCAGAUAUCCGCUUGUACCCUACCAUUGCCCGCUUUGACCCAGUAUAUGUCCAGCAUUUCAAGUGCAAUCUUCGAAUGAUAAGGCAUGAUUACCCCGCAAUCGAGAAGUGGAUGAAGCAUCUCUAUUACGACAUUCCGGGAUUUAAGGAGACGACAAACUUUGAACACAUCAAGAAGCAUUACACCAAGUCGCAUAGCCAGAUUAACCCCAAGGGGAUCACGCCUCUCGGUCCAGCUCCGGAUAUCAUGCCGAGGGAUGCUUAGUGGCGAGUUUUUAAUCCGCUCAUGUGUUGGGGGUUCGCAAGUGUUCAUUGAUGCAGUAGCUUAUCCAAUACCGGUAUCGAAAGCGGACUAUUCGUCGAUAUUUCUAUAAUCUGAAAUUUACCUGCACACUUACCCAAUGU